UCCUGCUCGGCCCCGGACCUUCGCCCGGCGUCGUCUCGCCCCCUGGCAGGGGUCGCUGAGGGUCGAAGCCCGGCGGCAGCCCUCUGGCCGCCUCCGUCUUGAGCCUUCCUCGCCCGAGCGGGAAGGAUGUCCUCUCCUUGGAUGGAGCCAAGGGUUUUAACUCGUUUCUGAAGCGGGCCCUUUUUUGAAGUAUUGAAAGAAACGCAUCGUUCCUGGAGGCAUUUGUGACAACCGACUGUGCGUCCUUAUACAGUCAAAAUGGCUUUGGGAGACAAAGCGGCAGUUGCUGUAAAGCCUUAUCCUGGGUAGAGAAAGGUGUAUUUUAUCUCUCCUUACAGACACGGAAGGAAGCAGUUAGAGGGGUCAACACGUGCCAAGUCGAGUUGCGUUUGUUUUCUGUGUUUUGUUCCCAGAAGUAACUACCAUUUAAAAUAAGCACAAACAAGCUCAAGCCAGACGAAUUAAGAACCAGUGUAAUCCAAAUAAUUACAUCUAAAUUACUUGCAGUAAAUCGGUCUUUUUUUUUUUUGACAUCUUAUCAUGCGCAUAACCAAAUAUUUGUUGUACAGCAUUAUUAUCAUAAAGACAAUAAAUCUGCCGCGUUAUGAAAACCGGUGAACGUUCUUUCUGCGUUGACAGGGUGGACUAUGAACGUAUACAAGCCGUCGGCCCCGACAGGGCAGCUUCAGAAUGGCUGGUGGGGUGCGGUGUGGUUCGCUAUCAAGGCUAUCAGAAGUGGCAGCGGGACUACAACGGUCUCCCCACUGGGCCGUUAGGGAAAUACAAGAUCGAAGCAAUUGAUGCCACUGACUCUUGCAUCAUGUACAGAGGAUUUGACUAUUUGGAUGGCCUUGAACAUGUUACAGAAAUCAAGCUGCAGAAAUGUAUUUAUAUACAGGAUGAGUGUCUGCAGAGGCUCAGUGAGACUAAGAAUUUACAGAGGAGUCUCCUGCAGCUGAAGAUAAUUUCCUGUGGGAAUGUCACAGAUAAAGGCAUCAUUGCACUUCACAAGCUGAUGAACCUUGAAUAUUUGUAUCUGAGUGACCUUCCUGGAAUAAGAAAGAAAGAAACUACUUUUCAUAUGCUACAGCAGGCAUUGCCAAACCUAGAGCUGGAACUGGAUUUAGAAUAAAACCAAUUUCAUGUAAUUGAGAGUGCCUGCAUUGAACAAGUUUAUUCUACACCAGGCUGACACCAUUGGAGAGGACUUUUAAACAACUGGAGUAUCAUCAAAUGAGCCAAUGAAGCAUUCAUUUGUGAAAACUAAUUGUCUUGGACUUCAGUGAUUCCACAGCCUUGUGACAGCGUUGACUGAAAGGCAGGACCACGUUGCUCCAAGGCCUGCAAUCACAACUGCCCAGGGGUUAUACUGCAAAGAGCUCACAGAAAUUCAGCUGGUGGGAGCAGUUUUGGAAGGAGGAGUACCCAGCUGCUGUGUCCCUUCCACUCCUAGGCUCUUGGUUUCCCUGCUGUGCAGCAGAGUGGCCAUGAUGAAUUGUGGUCAACAUAGGCAGGGGCUUUGAAAAAUACAUAUUUCUGUGUAGCUCCCCAUCCAAAUGCCUAGACCCUGUCACUGCUUUAUUUGGGGAACUGCAAAUUGAGAUUUGCACAAGCAAAAAGAAGUAGAACAACAGGGAACGCACUGAACAAGGAGGUGGGAAAAGCACUUUGUUUCACAAAUAGAUUUGCUCUGUGCCAGCGUCUGUAUGUCCACUGUAUGCCGGCCGACUUUGAGCGUGGGUUCUGCAUUGAGUGCGAGAGCAGAAAUGAGUCCCAGCAUCGUAGCUAGAGGGUGCUGUGCAAACAUCUACGAGGAUCUGAAACUCCAACCAGGCCACAGCACUGAGCCUCAGCCAGGGAUCCUUCCCAAAAUGUUAAGCAAGAUAAAAAUCAACAACUAACUCCCCUGCUCUCAUCCAACACGAUGGACCAGCCCAGGGCUCUGAUGAGUAACUGGCAGGAGCCACUGUUUGUUUUGGACGUGGCCGCAUGGCAGCGUGGGCAUGCUUUGUUGGCAGCUUUGUUCACUGGGAGGGCGAGCAGGGCUCUGUCAGCUGCGCUCUCCAUACUAAUGCAGUGUUUCAGCAUUUGCAAAGGGAAAGGGUUCCUGAGAGGCAGCCUGUCCACAUAAACAGUCUUUUCUGUUCUGACUACUGGAAGGAGACAGGCUAA